GAGACCUGGCCGGGGGGACGGAGGCGGGAAGCGGGAGUCAUGGCGGCCGCCCUGGCGGGGGAGACCCUCGUCUUCGUCACCGGGAACGCCAAGAAGCUGGAAGAGGUCAUCCAGAUUCUAGGAGAUAACUUUCCAUGCAAAUUGGUUGCACAGAAAAUUGACUUACCUGAAUACCAAGGUGAACCAGAUGAAAUUUCAAUUCAGAAAUGUAAAGAAGCAGCAAAACAGGUACAGGGACCAGUUAUAGUAGAAGACACCUGUUUGUGUUUUAAUGCCCUUGGUGGACUCCCGGGCCCUUACAUAAAAUGGUUCCUUGAAAAGUUAAAACCUGAAGGUCUCUACAAGCUGCUAGCGGGAUUUGAGGACAAAUCAGCUUAUGCACUCUGUACUUUUGCAUUUAGCACGGGAAAUCCAGAGGAUCCAGUGAGGCUUUUCAGAGGCCGGACCUUGGGCCAUAUAGUUGAACCAAGAGGCUCUAGAGACUUUGGAUGGGAUCCCUGUUUCCAGCCAGAUGGUUACGAAGAGACAUAUGCAGAAUUGCCUAAAGCAGUAAAGAACUCCAUCUCUCACCGUUACCGAGCCCUAUACGAGUUACAGAAUUAUUUCACCCAACGGAAUGGCACCGUAGAGGCUUCUUCCAGUCCUCAUUAAAGAGCUUCAGCCCGAUGUGGAGAGGAGGAAGAAUGAACCAGAAAAUGAAGCAUGAAAUGAGAGAUGUACAUGUACAGUCGGUGUAAAUUAAAAAUCUGAAUUUGUAGGA